CCUGCCCAGAGGAGAAGAUGGCAAGAAGGGGAGGGAUGUUGAUGUCGCUACUGGAUCCAACCGUUUCCCUCGCAUGACACGUGGGGUGUAUAGCACACUUUAUUUCAAGCUCCAUCAGCACCCUGCAAAGUUUUGUGAUUACUUGAGGAUGUUGGUGGGCAGUUUUAAUGAUAUGCUUCUACGAGUCUCAUUGUCCCCCUCAUUGUCACCCUGAAGAAAAGCUAUGUCUCCAUUUCUACGAAUAAGUCUUUCUAAUUUUGAAGUUGGGCCAUACCUGCCAUCUAAUGGGGACGUCAUGCAGAGACCCUACUGUGCUGUUAUGGUGAAAGAAGCAGUGGAGACAGAAACUGGGAAGCUUUAUGUCCAGAAGAAGCCAACAAUGUACCCACCCUGGGAGAGCACAUUUGAUGCUCACAUUAACAAAGGGAGAGUUAUGCAUAUAAUUGUGGAAGGAAGGACCGUAGGGGUAGUAUCAGAGACUACAAUUGAACUAUUUGCUCUGGCUGAACGAUGCAAAAAAAAUAGUGGCAAGAUGGAAAUAUGGAUAGAACUUAAACCACAAGGUAGAAUGAUAAUGAAUGCAAGGUAUUUCCUAGAACAGUCAGAUCCAAAAAGCCACUAUGAUUCAGAGACAGAAAGCCAAUUUGCUUUACAUCAGCGUCGUGGUGCCAUUAAACAGGCCAAGGUUCAUAACGUCAAGUGUCAUGAGUUUAUAGCUACUUUCUUCCCACAGCCAACGUUCUGCUCCGUUUGUCAUGAAUUUGUAUGGGGCCUAAACAAGCAAGGAUAUCAAUGCAGAGAGUGCAAUGCAGCUAUUCACAAGAAAUGUAUUGACAAAGUCAUUGCGAAGUGCACAGGAUCUGCAGUCAACAGCAAAGAAACAGUGCUCCACAAAGAGAGAUUCAAGAUAGACAUGCCACACAGAUUUAAGGUUUACAAUUAUAAAAGUCCAACCUUCUGUGAACACUGCGGAACUCUUCUGUGGGGCUUGGCAAAGCAAGGAUUAAAGUGCGCAGAAUGUGGUAUGAAUGUUCAUCACAAGUGUGAAAAUAAAGUGGGCAACCUCUGCGGGGUCAAUCAGAAGUUGAUGGCAGAAGCACUGGCAAUGAUAGAGAGUAGACAACAGGAUAGGCGACAGAGAGACUCUGAACAUAUAUACAGAGAAGGACCUGUUGAACUGGGUCACAGAAGUCAAGACCAACCUGUUGUUUUAACGGGAAAGAAAGAGUCUCAAGGCAUUUGUUGGGAGUCGCCAGUUGAAGAAACUAAAUGUACAGAAACUACAUCUGAGCCAACACUGAGGAUAGAAGAACCAUGCAGCGACAUUAAAGUGAAAUUUGAUGACUUUGUCUUGCAUAAAAUGCUUGGCAAAGGAAGCUUUGGAAAGGUUUUCCUCGCUGAACUCAAGGGGUCCUUCAAGUUCUUUGCAAUCAAAGUUCUGAAAAAAGAUGUAGUUCUCAUGGAUGAUGAUGUUGAAUGCACCAUGGUUGAAAAAAGAGUCCUUUCUCUCGCUUGGGAACACCCUUUCCUGACACACCUGUACUGUACAUUUCAGACAAAGGAAAACCUAUUUUUUGUCAUGGAAUAUCUCAAUGGAGGAGACCUCAUGUUUCAUAUUCAAAGCUGCCAUAAGUUUGAUCUUGCCAGAGCUACUUUCUAUGCUGCUGAAAUUGUUUGUGGUCUUCAGUUCCUGCAUUCCAAAGGAGUAGUAUACAGGGACCUGAAGUUAGAUAAUGUACUCUUGGAUAUGGAAGGCCACAUAAAGAUAGCAGACUUUGGAAUGUGUAAGGAGAAUAUGUUUGGAGAUGUAAAAACAAGUACAUUCUGUGGGACCCCUGAUUAUAUUGCUCCAGAGAUUUUACUGGGACAGAAAUACAGCUACUCAGUUGACUGGUGGUCGUUCGGGGUACUACUGUAUGAAAUGUUAAUUGGCCAAUCGCCAUUCCGUGGUAUGGAUGAAGAACAGUUAUUUCAGUCUAUUCGGAUGGAUGAUCCAUUUUAUCCUCGUUUUCUCAGUAAAGAGGCUAAAGAUAUAUUGGUUAUGCUCUUUGUCAGAGAACCUGAAAGAAGACUUGGAUUUAAAGGCAACAUUCGCCAGCACUGCUUCUUCCAACAGAUAGACUGGGAAAGACUAGAAAACAGGGACGUGGAGCCUCCAUUUAAACCUAACGUGAAAUCAGUAAAUGACUGCACCAACUUUGACAAAGAAUUCUUGAAUGAGAAAGCCAGAAUAUCAAGUACAGACAGAACACUGAUCAACAGCAUGGACCAGACCAUGUUCAACAACUUUUCAUUUGUGAAUCCAAAAAUGGAGGCAGUGGUCUGCUGAGAAGAGGUCAUUUGUUUUCUACAAUAAGAGAUUUCAAAUGAGGUUGCGUGAAGACAUUUCUGUCCCCCAAAAUAUAAACUGACAAUGCCCAUACUCUGCUAUCAUCAGUUUACUGUAGGUAGAAAUAGACCAUACGUCACCUAACAUUGUAAGCCUCUCUUCACAUGUGUAAAAGGCUAGUAGCCAAGUAGGGUAUCCGAGAGGAAGCUGUAUUUAUUGGAUACUAAUGGCUUCAUUUAGUAGUGACAGGAUGGAGACAUGUAAAUAGUUAUCAAUAUGCUAUUUCUAGAUGUCUUCUUUCUGUAGAUGUAUUUGUAAAUGAAUAGAAAAGGCCCAUGUACUAUAAAAGUCUGUUCAGCAUAGUGUUCAGCAUAGUGCUUCACAAAUUGUAAUAUAUUGACUACUCUCUAUCUCUUGUGACAUGAACGUUAUGUUAUCUGCAUAGGAAAUACAAUAUUUAUGAGAAUGCAGUUGGAGACGGCCCAGCAUUGAUAUAUAUUAUGCCAAGUAUGCCAACUCAUGAAUUACCGUAAAUACUGUAAGUGAUUAUUACCUACUUGGAGCAAUGUAAUAGUCGUUCUGUGGCCUACAGUGUUAACAUUAGAGAUGAGCGAACUUACAGUAAAUUCGAUUCGUGACUUAACUUCU